CUAGAACUACAAGCGAUUGGGAGUGUGAAUCCAUAUCUCAAGCCGGUGUCUGCCGUCAGCAACAACUAAAUGUCUAGGGCCGUCUGCAGCUGACGGGUCACCGAACUGGCUAAGUAUGUCAAACAACAGAGGCUGUGGAUCUGCCGAUACGGUGCGAGCAGCCUAGACGGCGCUUUUACCCUGGGACCGAACUACAACAUUUCUUUACCACGACAGUCUUCUGCCUUCACACGGAGUAACCCGGAGUUGAAUGAGAGCCACCGCGUGGAUAUUCAAUUUCGUGAUAUUUGUCAGACAUUUAUUCCACGAUUGUGACCAUAGUUCUACAAAACUUCAUCGCUGCAGAUCCUCAUGUGACGUUUUGGAAUUACAUUUGUGAGAAAACAUCAAGUUCCACUGUGUAGAUAAUGACAACCCAAGAGACACAUUCAGACGUAACGAGGCGACAUGUCUUUAAGAUACGGGCAUAGAUACCUGAGGUUUAAACUCGACGGCGUCAUGGCAUUACUGAAACCUUCAUGACUUCAGCUGAUUUGUUUCCAACAACUCCUUUGUUGUGAUAUAGGUCAAGGUCACUUGUGGAGAAGAUGGUAGUGGUCAAGGACGAGGUUAACUUCAGGGUGAACCUGUCGUACGGCGAUUCCUUCAUCAAUGAUGACGCGACGACCAGCGAGGAAGUCCGGGAAGGCAUGUACCUACAAUUCAUCUUCUGGGGAAUCCUGGUCCCUUUUAUCGCGAGCUUCGGCUUUGUCGGCAACACUCUCACGAUGUUUGUUCUGUUUCGACGAGAAAUGCGCUCCACAACUAUAUACUACCUGCGUGCCCUGGUGAUCACGGAUUCUAGUAUCCUGCUAGUGGCUGUAGCCGUUCUUACUCCGUUCAGCAUAGCGGAAAUUUCGGCCGACUUCAAGUAUUACAAAGAUGUCGUCUACCCGCUGAUCUUUACCUACCUGAACUAUGCGACGAUGGCCGUACAGACCUGUAAUGUCUGGAUCACGGUGUCGGUAUCGGUGGAGCGUUACAUCGCUAUCUGCCAUCCAUUCAUAGCCCCUAGGAUUACCACGAAUAGGACCACUCUUAUCGUCAUCGGCUUGGUCACGGCUUUCUCCAUCUUUUAUAACUUGCCCAGAAUUUUUGCGACUGCGUCCAGGAAGUGCGCCGAAGGCGACUGUUACGAACUGUACACGACAGAUUUCGGGAAAACCGACGGUUACAAAGUUGCGUUCCAAGUGUGGAUGUACGUGAUUGUUAUGUUUGUUAUUCCUUUGACUGCUUUGUUUGUGCUUAACAUUCUCAUCAUCAUGGAGCUAAUGCGCAUGGCACGACGUCGUCGCGGGACAAACAUCCAGAACGAUGACGAGGCAAAUUUGAGUCUCGUUUUGGUCCUAAUCGUUGUGGUUUUCAUUAUCUGCCAAACACCUGGAUUAAUUGCGCAGUUCGAAAUUUUCUCCUUUCCCGUUUUCCUCAAACUCUUGGCUGUGAGCAACACGCUUUUUGUUCUCAACUCUUCAGUGAACUUUCUCAUCUACACGUUCGUUGGACGACGCUUUCGGAAAGUCUUAAUUAAGCGAGUAUUCUUCAGAUGUGUGAAAACGGAAAGCCUGAGUUUUAAUAACUUUACCUCUAAUCACACACAUGCAUAUGAACUGACACGUGUCAACGAUAAUGUAUGACGCCAGCGAGAUUCUCGUUCACGCGGGAAUCAAAACGGAAAUUCUGAUCAGCUGUUGACUAGAACGACACCUGUGAAGCUGAAAUGACAGGUUGACUGAGGACUCCGUGCGCAGUUACUCUGUGAUUACGUCAGAUGGAUUACUCCAUAACAUUUUUGCGAGUGAACAUUUGACUUUGGAUGGAUGUUACUCUUAGUAAUUGUUUGACGUUUGACCCAAGCGGACCAAAGUUUGAAGGAUUAUUCUUGGAGAAAUUUCAUAUAUGUUAUAGAAACAGUGUAAAGUGCGUAUAUUUUAGGAUGUACUGCUUGACAUUGUGUAAGUUGGUAACUUUUCUUACGAGUAGAAACCAUAAACGUGUACUAUUAAACUCCUGGAUUUAGUUAUGGUAUAAAUAUCCUCCGACAAAAACUGAAUCGGCAACUGCAAGUGACUGGGAAUAACCCAGUCCGCUGGUGAUAGACUCACCCAUAUUAUUUGUUCUCAUUAAGUGUUAAAAGACAUUUUUCCAUUUUAAUGAUUACAAAGCAGAGCUGGGAUAUACCCAACAGUUCUACUAUUUACGGCUUCUUUUGUAUUCCGAAUGCAGAAUAUGUUCUUGCAUAAUUUGUGUAACUAAAAUCUUUGAAUUACCCACUAUUCUGAUCUCAUCAUUUACCACAGAAAUCUCUUUUCUGGAACCCGUUUCACCCAAGUAUAACUGACUAUAUACUGCAUUCUUCUCAUUUCAUAUGUGGGAAUGGUUGAUGUGAGAAGGAUGAGAAUGGUACUUAGAUAUUGCUGUUCUGUAUGUAAUUACAUGUACUUACAGUUAUAGUGGAAUAACUCAGUUUUUGUGCCAAUAUACAGAAAACUUCGACUACCCCUUGUAAUAGAAAGCACAAGCUGUGGUCCUCAAGAAAGAGAGAAUAUCAGCUGUGGUUGUAACCGCAAAAGGAAUUGAUGGUUCGUUGGUGCAGCGUGGCUUAGUUACAUUCUUUAAAUUUCCUGUUAACUUAGCUGCCUUUCCGUUUUGGACCAGCGAGGUGAGGAGAAUAACUGGUCAUUGUUUAAGUUCAAGUUGAAGUAUUUGUUAAGAGGGGAUCACAAGCAAAAAGUUUUGUUUCCUCUAUUUGAUUGUUUAACAGAUGUGUAUUAGGCCUAAGAGGAUUAGUGCUAUUUAAAGAGAUGUUGACUUAACGUAAGUAAAGAGUCGAAAAUCCAAAUUCUACAAACAUAUAUGGCAAUGCCUGGUUGCCUCAGUAACAGAUUUAGUGAAGUAGAAUACUUAAAGAACCUUUGGUUCAUUGCAGCGUGUCCACGUUUGCAUAGCGGCGUUUUGUGACAAUGCCAAGCAAGCCAUUGGGGCCCAAGACGAAAGUAUUGAGCAUGUCUCUUUUGUAGCGAAUGGCCAAAGAUUGUUUAACAUAUUUCUCUCUGUAUUGUUUGAAGAAAUUGUGUAGUGUUGUGGUCAGUCGAACUUUUGUUCUCUUUUCACCAUGUACUUCUUACCAGCCAUGUGUGUUUUACAAAAUGAUUUGCUGCAAAAGCUUUCGAUGUACAAAUGGGUUCACACACUCAUGUAUUUCGUGCCGAAUUUACAUACAACCCACAAGAAAAUUUGAAUUGCUCCUAAAUUUUCCAUUAUGUUGCUUCAAGCAUUGAGUGAAAACAAAUGGUUGCUUAUAUUUCCAUGCAAGUGGAAUGAAUUUGGGGAUUCGGGUUAGUCUACAUGAGAUAUUUUGUUGUUGAGUGAAAAGAUUUUUGAUUAUAGAUGUUCCAAAACACCCGAAAGAAACUGUUAAAGGCAUAAAAUUUUGAUAUAUUAAUAUAAAAGUAAUGUUACGUUUAUUUGUGUUGUAUGGACCCCACCACAUGUCGUAACGACUUAAAUUUGGACGACAUUUUAAAACUAGCUCUCUUGUUGCUCAUUCCCAGUUAAUGUUCAUGCAUAGAGUGCAUCACUUUGUGAUUUGUCGUAUAAACGCUUCGAAUUCAAUUGAAUGAAUUCAGUGGAAUGAAAGGGACCAAGUCUUACUUUGUCCGCCACAUGCACAUGAUGCGAUUUGUGAAAUGCUACAAAUCGUGUGAAAUAGAGUUGGUUUCAUUUCCUUACGACAAAUCGCCCAUGGUUGAUGCGUCUUAACUGUUUUGUCGUCUACCGGUACGACUGAUUUGAGACCGAUUGCUUGUAUACAACGACUAUUUUCCACGAGAUUCGGAUGUCAGUCAUACACAGAUAUCUAUUACACCCUCGUGGCCCAUCAACUAAUACACCGAUAUAACGGCUGUGUGAAAUACUCAUAAGCUACUAAGUUUACUAUUCUUUUCAGUAUGUUAAACAUAAGGUGGUAUUUAUAGUCCGUAUUGUGCAUGUGUUUAAUUCGCCAUUCAAGAUUGUUCAAAUGUUAUUCAAAUUGUCAUGCCUUGCUCAGCUAAUUUCCCAAAUUAAAUAGAAUGCUCUGUAUGUCUUAAAUAAGGUUCUUGGAUUCUUAAAUGUUUAUUAAUUGAAGCACAAAAAUUGACUCAGGACUUGCCUUGGUGUUAAGCUCGUGACAUUGAGAUGAUCUCAUUAGAGGUAUAUUCUAAAAGCCACCCUUUGUACGAUUCGUCUCGUUGUAUAUUUUCAGAAUGUGUGGCCAGGUAAAUGUCUCUAUAACGCUCGUACUACCAAUAUACACAAACUAAACAACCCAUUGUAUGCUGGGGGAACAUGGAUUUCCACUGUCUUCUUUAUAGUUGCGACUAGAACUCGAUAAUCGCGAUUAAAACGAUUGGAUAACAAAUCGUAAGACAUAGAAGUAGAGGAACCAAUGAAAUAACCUUGUGGUAUAACAACCCAUUUGAGAAGACCCUUUUAGCUCAUGACACCCAACCCUUAGAUUUCGUGUCUCUUACAAAAAGUACAGUAUACCAUAUAGUAUCGUAUAUGUGGAUAGGCCUAUAUUUAAAUACCUUGACUUAUCCACUCAAAAUACAUGCUAUGAACUAAAUGUACAUUCGUUUCUGUGAUAACUCAACGGUAAGCGCUAUUAUUCUGUGGGAAUUGUGUUAUUUUGUCCAAUGUUGUCAGUAGUGUAUAAAUAAAA